CGCAUCGAUGUCGUGAUGAACGGGCCGGAUACCCGUCUCCUGUUUAUAUACUGGGCCGGUCGUGGAAGACAAUGUCCUCCUUGUGCGCAGAUGAGUCGGCAGCCUCCACUUUUCCUUAUCUCUUGAUCUUUGUGGCUCAUUAUCACGCUCUCGGUCCCUCGCCGACAUGGCUACCGAGAAGACAGUUGGCGACACGUUCACGUCCCCAAUCUCACCAUCCCCGUCCGACGACGACAUCCAGUCUGCUACGGAGACUGCGUUUGACGAGAAGCUCGAGAAACGAGUCCGACGCAAGAUCGACUUCUGGCUGGUUGGCUUCUACUCGGCAGUUUACAUCUUCCGAGUCAUCGACUCCUCCAACUAUUCCAAUGCAGCAAUCAUCAACCUCGAACAUGGCACGGGAAUCAAGAAAGAACUACAUCUCUCACCGGGCAUGUGGUCAUGGACACUUUCCAUCUUCUCAUACAGCUAUCUGAUCUUCGAGCCGACCAACACUCUUCUUCUCAAGACGUUCCGACCUUCAAGAUGGAUGUUCGUCCUGAUCCUCGCCUGGGGUAUCUGCGCCUGUUCAGCCGCUGCAGCCCAAAGCUUCCAAGGCAUGAUGUGUGUCCGGUUUGCCAUUGGCAUGGCCGAAGCCGGAUUCUACCCGGCGGUUCUUUACCACAUGGACUUCUUCUAUUUACCUCAGGAGCUCCCCUGGCGCAUUGCACUAUUCUACUCGGUCGGGCAGCUUUCAAGUGCCCUGAGCGGACUGCUAGCCUUCGGGAUCAGUUUCAUGGACGGCCUAGGCAAUCUCGCCGGAUGGAGAUGGUUGUUCCUACUCGAGGGUCUGCCCGCCAUUAUCCUCGCUUUCGUCGCUCUCUUCUGGCUCCCAGACUAUCCCGAGACAGCCCGUAUGCUUGACGAAGACGAACGAGCUUUCAUGGCAAAGAGGCUAGCGGACACCGCUCCAACCGGGAAGAAGGGACACUGGGACUGGGCCUCCCUGAAGACCUUGCUCGUCGACCCCAGCGUCUAUACAUUCACAAUCUACUGGCUCGCCCACGGGAUCGGCGGCUUUGGCAUCUCAUACGCUUUGCCGACAGUUAUAUACCAACUAGGCUUUACGACCACGGCAAAGUCGCAGCUCAUGAACAUCCCUCCUUACGUUACCUGCUUCAUCCUGCUCAACACCCUCGGCCACAUGCUGCACAAGAAAUGGAUCAGACCAUGGACAACAGCCGUCUCGAUCGAAGCAACCACGAUAAUAUGCUACAUCAUCCUGAUCACCGUCCACAGCCCCGUUGUCAAAUACCUGGCGCUGAUCGUGGCGGUCUCUUGCGCCGGCUCCGCAUACCCGGUCAUAUGGCCGGAACGCAUCCGCGCUCUCGAAGGCACCACGGUCGCCGCGGGCGUUGGCAUCGGCUGGACGAACGCCAUGGCUCAAUUCGGCGGCAUCGUCGGGCCCCAUGUCUACAGCACCGUGUUCGGGCCGACAUAUCGUGUAUCGUAUGUGAUUUGUCUGUGCUUUCUCAUCGUGUCCAUCACGUCGAUCCUGUUGUCGUGGCUUUUCGUUCGGCGCAAAGAUAGAGAUCGGAAGCGAAGAGGGGGUGCAAGUCGAGCAACGCUGCCCAUCCAAUGAGCCCUGGUAGGCCCUGGCAGCCGAGGCUGACGUGUUGUGUUGUGUUGUGUUGUGUAGUUAGACUAUCCUGGAGGGUGUCUAGACAUGACCUAGAAGACGGUGUCGUAUAGAAGAUAAGUAGAUCAUUGUGCAGAGAGUACUAGUACUGUCUAGAAGCAAUCGGAUAAGCCUAAGCCUGUCUGUGUCUGUGACCAUGACAGGCACAAGGCUGAGGCUGCAG